UUGUUAAAUACAUUAAUAAAAAUAUACAGUUUCUACUGCGUAUCUCAACUGCUUUAUAUUAAGGCCAUGUUCGUUUACGUGUCGCGCGACCUGCGACCUGCGACCUUCGACAUGCGACUUGCGACUGAUCGCAGGUCGCAGGUUGUUGUUCGUUUUGCUUUCGCGCAACAUGCGACCUGCGAUUGGUCGCAUGCCGCAAGUCGCAGGUUGUUAUUCGUUUUGAAAUCGCGCGACUGAUCGUACGACCAGUCGCGGGUUCCCAAUCAAGUCGCCGGAAAAAACAGCGACUAAAAAUUAAGGAAAUUUUGAUCGCGCGACUGGUCGCAGGUCGCAGAUCGCAGGUCGCGCGACAUGUAAACGAACAUAGUUUUAGCCGCAGGUCGUAGGUUUAGUCGCAGGCCGCAAGUUGCAGGUCGCGCGACACGUAAACGAAUGUAAUCUUAGUCGCAAGUCGCAGGUCGCGAGUUCGCGAGACGUAAAUGAACAUGGCUAACUCUACCAAUCAAAUACCUAAGUAAGUCCAGAAAACAUAUAAGUGGGCUUUAAAUAAAGAUCAAGCCCAAAUCAAUUCCGAAAAUAAGAGACGAAACUAAACUUGACUUGUGUAGCUGACUUCUUCAGACAAAACACAGAACCUGCAAAUGCAAGGAACAGAGACAUACAAUAUCUGGGAUUCAGUUUGUAAUCACUAGAUGAACCAGACACUAUGGACGUUCAAAUCUUUUCGAGACCUUCUUCUGAAAUGCGUUGCGGAGAGAGAUCUCUUCACAGGGAAAACCCUACACGCGCGUUACGUGAAAUCCCUCGUAGCUUCUUCCACUUACCUCUCAAACCACUUCGUAAACCUCUACUCCAAAUGUGGACGCCUCACCUCCGCACGUGCAGCUUUCGACUGCACGGAACAACCCAAUGUCUUCUCUUACAACGUAAUCGUCAAAGCUUACGCGAAAGACUCGAAAAUCCACAUUGCACGACAGUUGUUCGACGAAAUUCCUCAACCAGAUACAGUCUCUUACAACACCCUAAUCUCUGGGUACGCUGAUGCUAGAGAAACUCUCCCGGCUAUGAUCUUGUUCAAGAGGAUGAGAGAGCUGGGUUUUGAGGUUGAUGGUUUUACCUUAUCAGGGUUGAUAGCAGCUUGUUGUGACCGCGUUGAGUUGAUAAUGCAGCUUCAUUGUUUCGCUGUGUCGGGAGGGUUUGAUUCUUACUCUUCUGUGAACAAUGCUUUCGUCUCGUAUUACAGUAAAGGAGGGCUUUUGAGAGAGGCGGUGUCGGUGUUUUAUGGGAUGGGUGAGUUAAGAGAUGAAGUUUCAUGGAACUCGAUGAUUGUGGCUUACGGGCAGCACAAGGAAGGAGCAAAGGCCUUAGCUUUGUAUAGAGACAUGAUCUUGAAAGGGUUCAAGAUCGAUAUGUACACAUUAGCAAGUGUUUUAAAUGCUCUCACGAGCUUGAAUGAUCUGAUCGGUGGACGUCAGUUCCAUGGUAAGCUAAUCAAGGCUGGAUUUCACCAAAACUCACACGUGGGGAGCGGUUUGAUCGAUUUCUACUCGAAAUGUGGAGGUCGUAACGGUAUGUCUGAUGCAGAGAAGGUGUUCCAAGAGAUUCUAUCGCCGGAUUUAGUUAUCUGGAACACGAUGAUCUCAGGGUAUUCAAUGAACGAGGAACUCGCUGAAGAAGCUGUGAGGAGUUUCAGACAGAUGCAACGUAUAGGACAUAGACCUGACGACUGCAGUUUUGUCUGUGUCACAAGCGCUUGCUCGAAUCUCUGCUCCACUUCUCAAGGUAAACAGAUACAUGGCUUGGCGGUCAAGUCACACAUUCCUUCGAAUCGAAUCUCUGUGAACAACUCGUUGAUCUCCAUGUAUUACGAGAACGGGAACCUUCAAGACGCGAGGCGAGUGUUUGAUCGUAUGCCUGAGCUUAAUGCUGUAACGUACAACUGUAUGAUCAAAGGCUAUGCACAGCACGGGCGUGUAACAGAGGCUUUGCUCUUGUACCAACGGAUGCUGGACUCGGGUAUUGCGCCUAACAAUAUAACCUUUGUAGCCGUUCUUUCUACUUGCGUACACUCUGGUAAAGUCGCUGAGGGUCAGAGCUACUUCAACACCAUGAAGGAGAGGUUUAAGAUCGAGCCAGAGGCUGAGCACUAUUCUUGCAUGAUUGAUCUUUUGGGAAGAGCAGGGAAGCUAGAAGAGGCCGAGAGAGUCAUAGACUCGAUGCCGUUUAAGGCAGGCCCUGUUGCUUGGGCCGCGUUGCUCAACGCUUGUAGAAAACACAAAAACAUAGCGCUUGCCGAGAGAGCAGCUAAUGAGCUUAUGGCGAUGAAACCUAACGCCGACACGCCGUAUGUGAUGCUAGCAAACAUGUAUACGGAUGCAGGAAGAUGGGAAGAGAUGGCGGCGGUGAGGAAAUUAAUGAGGUCGAGAAGGAUAAGGAAGAAGCCAGGAUGUAGUUGGAUAGAAGUGAAGAAGAAGGAGCAUGUAUUCGUGGCGGAAGAUUGGUCUCACCCAAUGAUACGUGAAGUGUGUGAGUACCUAGAGGAGAUGAUGAAGAAGAUGAAGAAGCUUGGGUAUGUGAUGGAUAAGAAAUGGGCAAUGGUGAAGGUGGAUGAGGCGGGAGAAGGAGAAGAAGAGAUGAGGUUAGGACAUCACAGCGAGAAGCUAGCCGUGGCGUUCGGGUUGAUGUCGACGGGACAUGGAGAGGAGAUAGUUGUGAAGAAGAAUCUGAGGAUAUGUGGGGAUUGUCACAAUGCGAUCAAGUUUAUGUCGGAGGUUGCGGGUAGAGAGAUCAUUGUGAGGGAUAACCUUAGGUUCCAUUGCUUUAAAGAUGGCAAGUGUUCAUGUGGGGAUUAUUGGUAAUAAUGAUUGAUUUAAACUCAAUAAAAUAUAAAAAAAACUGUGUUGAUGGAUACAACAUGACAAAAAAAAAAACUGACUUGUUACAAAAUACAAGGAGAAUAUCGCUUACGCUAUUUUUUGUUGUUCUUGUUUCGCGAGGGGCUCUACGUGUGAAUAUGCUUUAGUGUGGAACAGUAGGGGGAUUGGUGGUGGCUUGUUAAUGUAGUGGCUUAAGGUGGAAGACUUGGCAGGCUGGUUUGUAUGAUCCUUUGGAUACAGCCUGUU